CGAGCGCACUUCCGGCGGCGUCCUGGCUUCCGGGAGUGGCAAGAUGGCCGCUCCUGUGAGGCUUCUUUUAGGAUUCCGGUUAUUUUUCACCCAGCUUUAUUGAAUAGACACCGCGGAGGACAGAGCGGAGAGGAGAGCGGUACGGUGUUACCCCAUUUACCGUGGUAUGGGAAGUCUCGGAGUAAAGUAAAAAAUGUCUCGGGUAAGAAAGAUCCUGCGGUCGGAUUCCUCUACCGGGCUGGAAUCUGCAGAUUCUCCAUCUCCUGAAGACCCAUCGACUUCUUCUGCUGGGAAAUCCGGGUUGAAAGCGGUCAGGAGCAAGGCUUAUUUUCCAUUCCGCCUUCUGCCGGUGGACUGCCAGCUACACAUCUUCUCUUUCCUCUCCGAAAUAGAAAAGUGCACGGCGGCCAUGGUGUGCUCGGACUGGAGCAAGCUGAUGCGCACUUCGCAGCUUUGGAGGGUGGCGGACUUCAUGCGCCUCGGGGCCUUCCUUUCCGGCAUGGAUGGGGUGCUCGUGUCGGUGAAGGAGUUCGAAAAGUGGAAGGAGUGGGUCCACCAGUACGCUUACCACCUCAUUUCCCGCGGUGCCAGCCUGCUCGUCCUUCGCGCCAGUUUCGAUUUAGGAGAUCAGAGGGCUAAGUGGGCCGAGUUCCUCCUCCAGUUCCUAGACAGCGUUCACUGCGGGGAGCUCCAGGAACUGGAGCUCAACUGGACUCUGACACAUUUGGAGCCACUCGAUUUCUACCCGCUAGGUAGCAUGGCUCAGAUCUGUCUUGCCAAGACCGACCAGUUCAACAGCUUCCAGACUCUUUUCGAACGGCUCACCCGCACCUCGCCGAAGCUAAGCCGCAUGAAGCUACCUUUCGAUUGGUCCGAACACUCGGUGUCCCUUCUUAGAAACUUUCAACAUCUCAACACGCUGGAACUCAACUACUUCUGGGUCUUCAAGAGCGUACGGCCGGAAACUAUGCAGGAACUCACAAGAUCGCUCCCGAAACUAAAGACUUUGAUCUUACAAGUUCUGGUCCCGGUGAAGGACUUGGGGGUCGCUUACCCCAUAGAAUCCAAGUCCUUGGAGCUUUUAGACGUUUCUCAAAGCCGCGGGCUGGUGUUUAGCCACCUGGAUUUACCAUCUUUGAAGGAAUUGAGGAUUAAGAAAACGAUAAGGGGGAUCAUCCUCAAUCGCAGGACCAGAGUGGCCGUUCAGACUCGCUGGGCUUGUUUGUACGACCUUCUCAAGGCCGGUACUCCUCAGCUUCAGGUGUUCAACUCUCACAUAUUGCUUCCCAACUGGCAGACUCACAAUUACCUAGAACUCAACGAGGUCCUGCUACAAUCCUGCUACUGUAUACACCACACCGAUACCUGGCUGCUCUAAAGAAGACUCAGGACUGACUUGACACACUCCCUUCUUCUACACCAGGCCACGGUUAGACGGCUGACGGCCAGAAGUUGUUAAGCUCUGGACUUUUAUAAGGGCUGGAAAAAAAAAGUGCCAGCAGGACUGUGUGCUUCCAUUUCCAACCAUAGAACAGGCUAAAAUUAAAUUUUAAAAAAA